AUGAGCUAUCGUCCACGAAUACCAUCACUUAAUGAUCAGUAUUGUCAAGUGUGCUCAGUAUCAUCAUCAUCGUCGUCGUUGUUGAAUAAUGAUAAAAUUAGACAUUUAUCAUGUUUUUCUUGUGAACAUUGUCGUUUAUCAAUGUGUUAUGAAUGUUUUGAAAAACAUACAAGUCAAUUAAUUUAUGAAUAUUCUGAAUUACAACAAAGAUUUAAUCGUUUGAAAAAUUCGUGCGAUGAUAGACAACAAUAUCUCGGACAAUUUCAAGAACAAUGUCUACGCAGUGUGAAUUCUGCAUUUGAUGAAGCAUCCAAUGAUUUAGAAAAUCUUCGACGUGAAAGUAUUAAUUAUGUUAAACAACAAUUUAAUGAUGCUAACAUAGCUUUAUCGGAUAUGAUGACAGAGAUCAAACCACUUAUUGCUCAAGCCCAACAACAAUGGACUCAUGAUGGUAUAACAAAAAAUCAUAAGGUUGAACUUGAAACACAACGAAAACAAAUAAAGGAUAUUGAAUAUCGUCUUAAUGUAUUUUCAUCGCCGAAAAUGUACAUAAGAAUGUCAACAUUUCCACGAAAUAAAAUUGAUUUAUAUUGUCAACCUGUUUCAGAUGCAUAUAAAUCAACGAAAAAAUUUGCUGCUAGCUAUCCAGGUAAAACCGUUACAACAAGAUGCUCAUUCAGUAAACCUAAUGCACUACAAAGUGAAAAAGUCGAUGUUGAAACAGAAGUUGAAGAACUUAAUCCAAAUAUAUUUAUGAAUAAACAAAUUCAAACCGAUCCUAUGAUUGAUUAUACGCGUGAUAUUGAUGAUGAUGAUGAUGAUGUUGAUCAUUAUUUAUUCGAUGAAACAGAUCAAAUAAAUAAUCGAAUUAAUGCAGAAAAUUGUUUAAGUUCACGUUAUACUCAACAAGGUACAAUAUUAACACAAAAUGAAGUUGAUCGAAUUGCAAGUGAUGGUGAACAAUUACUUUAUUAUUCUGAUACAUCAAAAACGCUUUGUUGUAUAAAGAAUAUAUUACCUACUAAGCAAGCUAAUGGUACAUCAACAACAAACGAAAUAUCAUGUCGAUGGCCACAUCAUCCUGUUCUUGAUUUAAUUUAUUCUCCUGGUUCAUCACAAUUUGUUUGUGCAACUAAAACCGGUGUUUAUACGUGUACUGUUAUGAUGUCAACAAUUGAUAUCAGAGUGCAACUAACACAAAAUUGGUCCUAUGCUCGAUUAUCGGCUGAUAAAAAUUAUAUUUGGAUUUGGACGGAUACUCCACGAUCAAGUCAACUACGUACAUAUACAACGAAAACAUUUGAUUGUAUAAGAAUUUUCAAUUUAAAUGAUUAUCCACGAUUUUUGGAUAAUAGUACAUCAUUUUGUAUAAGCUCGAAUGUUUUAGCAACUCUAUUUCAAUUUCGACCAACGACCAAUACGUUAUAUAAUCGUAAAAAUUUUCAUCUAACACUUUGCGAUAGCAAUGAUUUACAUGAAUUAUGUACUAUACGGUUGGGUGAAUGUGACAUUGAUCAUGAAGUUCGUGUUAGUAAUAAUGGAUUAUUUUUUAUAACAAAUGGUAGAAAGAAAUUAUGGAUUGUUGAUCAAAGUGGCAAAAAAGAAUAUGUGAAAUUGUUUCGACUCGGACGAGCUCUAACAAUUCAUAAUAGAAAUACUGUUAUAGUCGCAAAUGGUACACAACAACUACAAUGUGUUGAAUUUAUACACUCUGAAUAG